AUGAGACAGCGUGCAAAUACGACCGGUGACACCACCUCACGGCGUACACUCAAUAACGUAUCUGCGUUUCCCUAUUUUGGCCUGCAGGACGCUGUCCAAUCCUCAGCUGGUAACACAGGCUCUAAGAGAAACAAUACCGCUACUAUCAAUAUCAGUUCGCAGCGGGAGAGGUGGAAGGUCCCUCCCGCUUUCGAUUUUCAGUUGUCAUCUGAACCGGAACAAAUCCCCUCCCCACAUUUUCAAGACUUUAACACAUCCGACAAUGGAACUAUGAUGAUAGGCGUCGCGUUAGGGAGCCCCACGAUGCACAGGACUCAGCAAUCCGGACCGUGGUGUACAGUAUCCACAGCGCUACUAGAUGCCAGGUCGGUAAGAGUGGAAGAUAGAGAUACUGAAAAGUUGAAGCCCAAGGCGACGAAAUGGAAACAAAUCAGCGGCCUCUUCAAAUCGAAGAAUCCAGUGCCUCCCCCCGAUACACCGAUUUACCAAGUUCCACUUAACGAUCGAUCCGUAACCUCCCACGGAGGCCGUGAUUCACCAGAGGAUUCUCAUAUUCGCCCAAACCACGCUUAUCAGCCUUGGGAUGAUUUCCAGAAUAAUAAACUUAAAGAAGCAGGGAAGGUGGAUGGGAGUGUUACGAGACCACCAAAAAAGAUGAAGGAAUCUAAGAAAUUGGUUAAAUAUAUUGAUAUAGAGUCACUGAAAUCUAGCCCGAAGAAGAGUGUUCAGCAAGAUAAACACUUGCCCUUGCUUUCGAAGGAAAUCGCAUCUCUUCCCACCACUUCAUCAGGAGCACCGGAUCUAUGUUCCCCAUUGCUCACAGUUGAUAUCCCUGAUAUCCACCUUGAGAGGUACAGUGUAAUGUUUGGCACCGUACUCGGCAAACCACCCCCUUCGACAUUAUUGGCCAAACGAAGCAGGACUCUUGAUAUGCUGAGGACUCAUGAUGAAGAAGAACUGGGAGGUGGCCUUAUGCCUCCACCUAAACACUUGACAUCUCCGCUUCUAGCCAAGUCGCCGACGUUUACCCUUUUUCCGGCAACACCAACAUCCAAACCGUCUAAGUUACCCAAUGCUUCUAAUUUUACUGUUCCUGGCAAGCCUUUACAGAGAUCCAAUACCGCUCCACCCUCUCCUCGCAGGGUAGUGAACGAGAUUAUCGUCCCUGCAAAGGAUAUUCCUAUCCCGACCCCCCAGGCAAGAAUGUCAUCCCUGCCAACGUCUUCAAGCUCUCAAAGCCAAUGGGCGCCGGAAGGGUCAUCAUUUUUAUCAACUGGAUCAGGGUCGUCGUCGACGUCGGAUGACAGCGACUCUUGCAGAGAGGAUGAGAUCAUAUUAUUCAACUUUAAACAUGCUCGUAUCAAAACUCCCGAUGAUAAUAUUUGGGAAAUACUCAAUCCUAGAGUGCGCGUUGAGUUACCCUCUACGACUCUAAAAGACCCUGGACGAACACUCCAAAAAGAACAAUCGGAGGGACCUGAUUCUUCGAAUGGCGCCGCCAAGGUGAAAGCUCGAAGUCAUUUACACAAAUCUGGAACAAAGUUGAGGCCUGAACCCGAGUCCAAAACACAGGUGAAUUAUUCCACUUCAUCCCAAACGAAAUCAGAAACGAAAUCGGGAUCCAAGUCCUCAACACCUCAACCGCUUCACUCCCACCCGACCGUUGACCAACUGGCGAAACCCCCGCCUCCACCCCCCCAGCGAAAGCCUCCCCCAGUACCCUCAGACCCAGCUGCUGCCCUUCCUCCAAAAAUGGUCACAUCCCUUUCCAAGCAACCUCCACCCAAUACAAGAUUAAAAUCAAAGUCCCUUUUACCACCUAGAAAUGCAGUUAGGCAUAAUCCCCCUGCCGUCGCUGUCGCGCGAACUGCCGAGAUAUCUGUUGCCCGCUCAAUUUCUGUGGCAAAGCGAACAAAGCAGCAGAUGACUGUUCCCAUAAGCGCGAUGCGGAGUGAUUCUCUUCUCUGUGAUGAUGAGCGAUUUGGUGAGAAGAGGGCGGUCGUGCCUACGCUAAUAUCCGUGCCGAAGGGGCAUGGGCGGGGGAGGUCGCAGCAGGCUCCAAUUGAAAUUGUGUAG